UUUCCUCUUUCAACUCAGGUUUCCUUUCAAAGGCAAUCGAAAUCGCAGGCACAGAAAAACAGGAAAGCAAAGAAAGAACCUUUGAAGAUUUGUAGCAAUGGCAACCAAUAAACAAGAGCAGCAAUCUCAGGCUGGUAGGCACCAGGAAGUUGGCCACAAGAGCCUUUUGCAAAGUGAUGCUCUUUACCAGUAUAUCCUUGAGACCAGUGUGUAUCCAAGGGAGCCUGAACCCAUGAAGGAGCUCAGGGAGUUGACUGCCAAGCACCCAUGGAACCUUAUGACUACAUCAGCCGAUGAAGGCCAAUUUUUGAACAUGCUUCUUAAGUUGAUCAAUGCCAAGAACACCAUGGAGAUUGGUGUCUACACUGGCUAUUCUCUCUUAUCCACCGCCCUUGCUCUCCCCGAUGAUGGAAAGAUCUUAGCCAUGGAUAUUAACAAAGAAAACUAUGAGUUGGGUCUGCCUGUUAUUCAAAAGGCUGGUGUUGCGCACAAAAUUGAUUUCAGAGAGGGUCCUGCUAUGCCAGUUCUUGAUAAAUUAGUCGAAGAUGAAAAGAAUCACGGAUCCUUUGACUUCAUCUUUGUGGAUGCUGAUAAGGACAACUACUUAAACUACCACAAGAGGCUAAUUGAGCUGGUGAAAGUAGGUGGUUUGAUCGGCUACGACAAUACCCUGUGGAAUGGGUCGGUGGUAGCACCACCUGAUGCUCCUCUCAGGAAGUACGUCAGGUAUUACAGAGACUUUGUUUUGGAACUCAACAAGGCUCUUGCUGUUGACCCCAGGAUUGAGAUCUGCAUGCUCCCCGUCGGUGAUGGAAUCACCCUUUGCCGUCGGCUCAAAUGAACCACCACCACCCAACAUUGACCUAACGUCUCUCGUUCGGCACAAAAAAUUUGACAUUAAUAUCUUAUGUAUUUUCAAUUUUCAACUCCCCCUUCCCUUUUUAAUUUCGAGAAUCUUUAUUUGUGUAUUUUCAAAUCACAAUUAUUUUCUCAAUCUAUGAAUAUUCGAGUUAAAAUAAUAUUUUCAGAAAUAUUUGUACUUAUUCAAUUUUAUCUUAUUUGCAUUUCAGGAUUAUUUGUCUUCAA